AUGGGCAGAGGACCUAAGAAACACAUGAAGCGUUUGGCCGCGCCUUCGCACUGGCUUUUGGACAAGCUGUCUGGUGUCUACGCUCCCAGACCUUCCGCUGGUCCCCACAAGUUGCGCGAGUCGCUUCCGCUCAUCAUCUUCCUGCGAAACCGUUUGAAAUACGCUUUGAACGGUCGUGAGGUCAAGGCCAUCUUGCACCAGCGUCUCGUCAAGGUCGACGGCAAGGUCCGCACCGACUCCACAUACCCUGCUGGAUUCAUGGAUGUCAUCUCUCUUGAGAAGACCGGCGAGCACUUCCGUCUCGUUUACGACGUCAAGGGCCGUUUCACUAUCCACCGUAUCACCGACGAGGAGGCUUCCUACAAGCUUGGCAAGGUCAAGCGUGUUCAGCUCGGAAAGAAGGGAAUUCCAUACCUUGUUACCCACGACGGCCGUACCAUCCGUUACCCCGACCCCGCUAUCAAGGUCAACGACACUGUCAAGAUUGACAUCGAAACUGGCAAGAUCCAGUCUUACGUCAAGUUUGACACUGGUGUCUUGGUCGUUGUCACCGGUGGCCGUAACAUGGGACGUGUUGGUGUCAUCACUCACCGUGAGCGUCACGAGGGUGGAUUCGACAUUGUCCACAUCAAGGAUUCGCUUGACAACUCUUUCGCCACCAGAUUAGGAAACGUUUUUGUCAUCGGUGAGGACAAGCCUUUGAUCAGCCUGCCCAAGGGCAAGGGUGUCAAGCUUUCCAUUGCUGAGGAGAGAGACAAGCGUCGUGCUCAGGCUUUGAAAUAA